UUUCAAAGUCGUUAAGUACAUUGUUCCCCUCAUUUUUUGUUUUUUAAACUGGGCCCUCACAAUUUCACCGGAUCGAGUCAACGAGUUCAUUCAUUUCUCAUCAGUGUAUUGUUGUAGUGUUGUGGCUGUUAUUACGGUUGUCAUGCUGUUUCAAUUGGAUACCUUUGGUGGAAACCCCCGUCAACAUGAUCUGCUGGGUUUUUCACGUCAUCUAGGCGAUGACAGAAAGACUUCCUGUUCCAAGAGGAGCGCUACUGAAGGUCAAUUCGACGAUGCCGGUGACGACGAUCAAGAUGCCAUGGUAAAAGGUCUCGAAACUGCGACUUCCUACGAAGAAGCCGCAGCCAUCGUCAGCAGUGGUACUAAUAAGAGUCGAUUGGCUAAAAAGAGUGUUCCUUUGGCCGUGCAUCCGCUGCAGUGGCUUGCCCAAGCUGCUUGCGAGCAAACUGAGAUCGAUAAAGACGCUGGAGGCACAAUGGAAGUGACCAAAUCCAAGCUGCCUGGAUGUCGCACUCCCAAGCGAGUAUCCUUAUCGCCUGGGCAUUGUCGAGAGGAGAUCAACGCUGUCAAUCUACAACAACCUCCGUUUUUGCCAACAUUCACCAACGAAGCUCCCACGCAACUUCCUUCGUCUAAUUCUUCCACUGUGGUGCAGGUUUCUCGAGAAUCUUCUCCAAAUUCGUGUUUUAGCCAAGAGGAUAACCAGUCACCCACGCCUUGCAAGAGCUUUGAGGAGCAUUACCAGGAGCUGACUAGGUUCUUUCAGCGCUAUGGUCAUGUGCGGAUACAGGAAACCAGUCAGGAGGGAGCACACCGGGGACUAGAACUAUGGCUGUCGGAUCUCCGGGGCCAAUUCCGCCAAGGGCAACUGCCACAAGCUCAGGCAAAGCGUUUGAGAGAGCUGGAUUGCAUGGGAUUUGAUGAAACCGAAAAACCAUCACAAGUGAUAUCCGCGCAGGUCCCCAAGCAUCAUAAGUCUCAGCAACUUGGUGAGGGCGAUGUCAAGGUUGGGGGAUCUGCUACAAAUAAUGACAAAAGUCAUCCCAACGUCAACAAAGAAGGUUCUGAUCAAAAGCGCAAAUCUAGGGAUAUCACAACUACUAAAGUUUCGGCGUCAACAAAGCACCCUGGCCGAAAAAGCUCGACAGGGGAGACUACCCCCAUCAUUCACCUUCACCAUGGGCAUGCUCCCGUUCCAUAUCAUCCUAUGGGAAGCAGCAGGAGCUCAUUCUCUUCAAGUCUUGGACCGCCUUUUCAUCCCAUGGCUAUGCCUCCUAUGCACCGACCGUUUCCGGUGGUAUCUCGUUCCACCAGCGACGAUUCUUUGUGGAACUAUAGAUUACACCAACUCGGGGCCUUCAAGAGUCAAUUUGGGCACUGUAACGUGUCAACAACAUCCGUAGCCACAAACAAAAAGGAACACCAAGAACUUGCGCUCUGGUUGGCUACACAGCGUCACAACCACAAGAAAGGCCUCUUACCAUCAGAUCGAGCAAGCGUACUUCACUCCUAUUUUGGUUGUCCUGGGUUUGAACCCUCUGCUGCUCCCGUCAAGACUGCACCCUCGACGGCACCUCAUUCUAGACAGGAAGAAGUACGCUUUGCAGACCACUUUGGCGGCAACCCACAGCAGUUUCGCAACCCUGCUCCACCGGUCUUUGCCCACCCCGGACCCUAUCAUCAUCGUCGCAUGGCCCCUCCACCAAAGAAGAAAAUGAUGCACUCCGCAGAGGCAAUCCACUCUCAGGUAUUUCAGCAGCAGCAAGGAGAUACAAAGAUGGCCGAACAGGACGGAAACAGACCACCGAGGGCCUCGAGAAAGCGAGGUCAGUACAUUGGGUGGCACGACCGACUAGAGCAGCUGAUGGAAUUCAAGCGCAAGAAUGGACACUGUGAAGUUCGAAUCAUGAUGCACGACGAUUGCAAGGAACUUGGACGGUGGCUGGCAUCUCAGCGACAUCAGUUCCGAAAGGGGAAGCUGCCUCAUGACAAGAUCGAUAUUCUUCAGCGAAUGGGAGUGAACUUGUCUUUCAAGAAACCUGCACCCUCAUAGAGGCUUGGAUUCGAUUGCUUUUGUGGAGUCAUGACAAAGAUAGAUGAGGUGGGACAUUCUUGGCGGUGCUGAUUGGAACAACAGCUUCUCAGAUGCAAGAAAUACAGGACAGGAACAAGGGCAUGCCACAAUACUAGUAGCAUGCACAAACAAUAUAAUGGAGAUAUUUUUGCUAUUUUGUUUCUAAUAAUUGUCUGUGUACACUCUCUAACGUGCAUUCUAAACCGAAACUACUCGGCCCUUUUUGUUGGUUCCUUCAAGCUUAAUCAAACUUCAACAGAUCUUCACCAGGUGCAAGUUGCACGUCUUUAGUUCGCUUGGCUUUGGAUUGUGGUGAUGUUUGCGAGUCUCCGUCGUUGUCGCCGCCGGAUAAGAGAUCCAUGCCUCGGUAGUAGCCAUCAUGGAAGCCAGACUCGUCACUGCUGUUUCCAUCAUUGUGACUGGAAAUGGACUGCACCGGAAACCUCGACGAAUCUAAAUGCUUGUUCCAGUACUUCAAAUACUCAUUAUCAGCCUCGUAGAACUUUGAUUCGAUAAUAGUCUGGCCCAAUCCAAGCAGUCCUUCCGAGGCGUCUUCUGGGUGUAACUCUGCAAUCCAGUCUUCGUAGCAUGGAUGUGAGUGCUUUUGGAUGAAUCUCUCAAAGUGCUGAUCAAUUUGUUGGUUGGUCAUGGUCAAAAAAUUUCUGAUACGAAAGUAGGUUGAGUAUUGGGAUAGUUCAGUGGAUGGAGUGGGAGGUGAAAGAACUCUUGAAUUGUGUGCAGAUGAUGAUGAUGAUUGAUGAUGAUCUAUCUUCGGUUUUGUGAGCUUUGACUUGGUUCUGAAAGUGGAGUGUUUUGUGAGGGAGCCUUGACUUGGUUGUCAAAAUUUGAGAUCCCGGCAUGGUUCCCGUAUUC